UGUUCGAAUCACGGAUGAAUAUUUUUUCAGAUUUCAAACAAAUUUUCUUUUCUUUGGGCAGUUGCAAAUAUUUUUCAAAAACAUCUGGCAUCUCCGAUUAGUAUUCAACUGUUAUUUGUUUUUAUUCAUUGCACUGAUAACAAGAUGUACAAGUAUGCUAUCAAGAACCUCGUAGGAGAAGGAUCUUUUGGAAAAGUUUACAAAGCUAUCAAUAAGGACACUGAAACUACAGUAGCUUUAAAAAUCAUAAGCAAGCGCGGACGAUCUGCACGAGAAUUGAAAGGUCUUCGCGGAGAAUGCGAAAUCCAACGGAAUCUACAGCAUCCUAACAUAAUUCGUAUGUUAGAUUCAUUCGAAACAGAAAAUGAAAUAGUUGCAGUUACUGAAUUUGCUGGUACUGAUCUUCACAGUUUACUUCGACACGGUUCAUUAGGCGAACCGGAAACGCAAAGAAUUACUCAUGAUCUAGUGUCUGCUUUAUAUUACCUUCAUUCACAUCGGAUUCUGCACAGAGACUUGAAACCACAAAACAUUCUUCUAGACAACACUAAAAAAGCUAAAUUGUGUGAUUUUGGGUUUGCUCGUAACAUGACUAUGGGAACUCACGUCUUAACUUCAAUCAAAGGAACUCCUCUCUACAUGGCACCAGAGCUACUAGAAGCAAAACCUUAUGAUCACCACGCAGAUCUAUGGUCACUUGGUUGCAUAAUAUAUGAAAUGCUAGCAGGCGAGCCACCCUUUAGCUCAUCAUCCAUGAUUCAUUUAGUUCGUUUAAUUCGAAACCAGUAUAUAAAGUGGCCAAGCUUUCUCACCGUAAAUUGCAUUUCUUUUGUACAAGGUUUAUUAGAGACAGAUCCAGCCAAUCGAAUGCCAUGGGUGAACAUAAUUACUCAUCCAUUUGUCAAAGGCCAUAUUAUCAUCCUGAAAGAAGAUAUUCCUGAGUCCCCAUUCACGAAUCCGCUCACGAUUUCACAAACUGAUGAGAAAAGGAAGCAAACGAAUCGGAUUAUUUUUGGGGAAACGUACGGCUGUUCCCCUUCUCGCAAUCAACGUCAUUCCAAAGCUUUCACACAUUCCACUGAGGAAGAUCUAGCGUCUUCUAAAGACAGUUUGAACGUGAUCUUACAAAGUGAUAUGGAAUAUAUCGAAACAGAUGUUGAGGACUCUGCGGUAAGGUCUCUGGAACCUGUAUCAACUGUAGAAGAAAGUAAAAUUAAAAUUAAUAAGAAGGAACCGAAAAGAUUAAAUGAAGAAUGCUGUUUAGUAGAAUAUCAUCACUCUCUUGGUGAUAAUGUGGAGUUCUUGCAAGGAAAUGCUAACUUGGUUCUAAAUAAUUACAAUGAUAAUUUUCCGGUGCUAGAUAAGUCUGCUCAAAAGCCUUUUUCCCCAAAUGAAUUAGCAAAUCGAUUGAAAAGUAUAAACUUAGAAACCCAAUCAAUGUGGUUCAAAUCGCAUGAGCUAGAACGUAGAAAACUUAGUCAAAAUAUUGACAAUUUUUCUAUUCGUUUAGAAUUGGAACGGAAAACGCAAGGUGUCCAUGAAAAAUCAAUUCCAGAGCUACCUGAGAGUGAGGGAAAAGCAGAAAAGAUUACUCCAACGCUGUUGCCUGGUUGGGACUCUUGUGAUGAAUCGCAAAAUCCUCCAAUAGAAAAUGAAGAAUGGUUGGUAUUUCUUCAAAAAUCUAUGCAAGAAAUUUUAGACGGAGAACUCGAUUCUUUGAAACAGCAAAAUUUCGUCAGUAUAAUUGUAGCUCCCCUAAGAAAUUGUCGUGCAAGCGCGAAGGUUAUUGAAAAUGUGGCACACCUUUUAGGUUUACCAUUGGCAAUAGACGCUCCACCGGCAAUAAUUCAUGGUAUAGUGCGAGUGUAUGCGGAGCUUAAAUUAGUUCCCAAUCUGGUAUAUGCAUCAAAACUGCUUUGUACUACAAAUUUAAGCUCUUCGAACAGUGAAAGUCAGCUAUCUUCAACUCCUGUAAACCAAAAAACUCGGUCGGAAGAUUCCAUAUGGCAAUUUACUCUACCAGACAACGAAAAAGUAAAAACAUUAACAGCUCUUUACGAAUUGAUAUGUUACCUUAUUCAUUCAGGAGAAAUAUUUUUAAAUCAGUUUUGUGAUGCUAUUGAGAUUUUAGGCGUGAAAAAACUGUUUGUGAGUUUCAUUAAUGCAGCUAGAGUUAAUGAGAUCUACGUGCGACUGAGUUGCUCGAUAUUAGCUGUACUGAACUGUGCUUUGCGAGAGUUACCGGAAAAUGCGGAGAUCAUUGAGCACAUCGUUUUCCACGAGAACGUCUCACUUCUGCAUUUACUAAAUCAUCGCGAUUCAGUUCUGAGGCACAGAACGUGUAUGUUACUAAGAAUUUUAGCGAGAUUCAGUUGUUUAGCGUUACAGAAACAUUGGACUAAAGAUAUAAAAGAAUCUCUGGAAAUACUCUUGGAGGAUCAAAAUCAACAAGUGAAAACAGAAGCCAAAUGUGCCCUCGAUGAGUUUAGAUAUCUUUCUUUUAUUGCCGACGAGACUGCCUAUUGAAUGUUUCUCAUAGUUAUUAAAAGUAUUUUUUUCUGAGUUGUACGCUGAUUUUUUUGUAAUCUUAAACGAAUGAGUAAAAGUUUGAUAUAUUUAUGCAAA